CUGCUGAUUUUAACACGAAAUCUUCUCAAUGAAAAUAACGUAAUCAUCAGUCUUUUGGCAUGAUAAGGUGUACAAUGAAACAAUAAAUGAUAAACUUUUCAUAAUAAACAGUUUUGAGUUACUGCUCCGUCAUAUAGUGAAACCACAAGUGUCAAGAAUUUUUAGAGUUGAAUCAGCAUAAAAUGAAGUGGGUUAGUUCAAUGGCGCGUAACAGAGGCGACGUUGUAUUGGUGACAGGUGCAUGCGGUUUCCUGGGGCAACACGUGUUGAAACAACUACAACAAGAUGUAACAGUGUCCGAAAUUAGGGGGCUAGAUAAAGUCCCUCUCGAAGAUUAUUCAAUUAUUGGAUGCAGUGAAAUUGAAGGCUCUGCCAAGAUUCAAUUUUUCAUCAAUGAUUUGUUGAAUAUUGAAGACUGUCGUGGUCCUUUCAGAAAUGCUGACGUCGUGAUUCAUUGUGCUGGAUUAGUGUCUUACGAUUUUCCUCCGAAUUAUGAAGAAUUGCAGAAAAAUAAUGUGGAUGUUACAGAAAAUGUGGUAAAGCUAUGUAUAGAUCAAAACGUACAACGAUUGAUCUAUUGCAGUACGACUGAGGUCACAUUAAGAUCAUACAUCAAAGGCGGAAUUGUAGCCAUGGUAAUUUAUGAAAAAGAAUCUAAACUAAGGACUCCAGACGAUGAGAGUAGAUUGAUGAUGGGAGCGUAUGCUGUGUCGAAAUUAAGGGCUGAAAAGAUCGUCCUAGAGGCUAAUGGAGAACUUCUUAGCAAUGAAACGGACAAAUUAAAAACAGUAUCCAUAAGACCCACACUACUUUAUGGAGAAGGAGACACUAAAUUUAUUUCUAGAAUUUUGAAAUAUGGAAAGUUAUGUGGAAAUAGUUUGCCCAGAUUAGCUGGAAAGGGCGGCAAGCAGCAGAUGACUUACGUAGGUAAUGCAGCCUGGGGUUUAGUUUGUGCUAAAAAUACUCUCCGUGAACGACCGCAAUCCAUCGCUGGUCUUCCAAUCACGAUAACUGAUGACGAUGAGGUGAAUGACAUCACGAGAUUCUGUGAAAGGAUCACUAAGGACAGUGACUGCUAUAUCAAACGAUCAUCCUGGUGUAUCCCUCUUCCUGUUUCUUAUUUACUCGCUCUGGUCGUCGAAUUGACUGUGAGUGUCAGUAACAAGUUCAUCGGGGGAUUAGUUUAUCCCAUAUCACCAACUAGCUUAAUUGCCUAUGUGGGAUCAGUGUUUUUAUACGAUCGAUCGAGGGCUUCUAUUCAUUUAGACUACACUCCGAUCUAUUCACCUGAUGAUUCGAUUAACUUGUCCAAAAAAUAUUAUCAACGGUGUUUGACACAUUAAAGAUCAAUUGUCUUACAAUGGAGAAUAGCUUCUAGAAUGUUUAUGAAAAAGAAAAGAUUCUCUUGAAGUUUUCAAUGAUUCUCCAAUUUUUUAAAUGAUAAUUUUUUUUAUUUACAAUUUUCUGAUGUUUAUUGAGUAUUGAAAAAUUGAUUCUGAUUUAUUUUUGAUUUAUUUUUAUAAAGUCCCAUUCUCCAGUAGGGUGAUUGAUACAAAGAGCUUUUCUUUCUUUUUGCAUGGAAAAUGUAACAGUCCACCGAUACAUCGGUAUACAAUUAACAAUAAAAUUAAAAAAAUAA